AUGAAUUAAUAAAAUUAAUUAAUGGUCUCCACCCUCCAGUCGCAUCCCCGAAGCCCUCCAUACCCGAAGCCCCUUCACAGCUCCGUGCCUGAAACCCGGAAGCUCUCCACGCUCCCUUCGUAGCUCCAUGCCCGAAGUCCCAAAGCUCUGAGUUAUCUAUACAAAGCCUAGUUCUGCGAAAUCGUGCGGGAAGAAAUCGCAUAUCUGCAAGCCCUCGAAACAACUCAGCGGGAGAGCGGCGGCGUCUGCGAACGGAUGCCCCCCUUGGGAGGUUCCAGCGAUGCCCUCGCAAGUGAAGUUGGAGGUGGAUGCUGAGGAUGUUAGCUUGAAUCCCGAGGAACUUAUCUCUGAGAAAGAAUAUGGGUCUUGAACUACCUUCAGGUGAACAAGACAAUAUAGAAACUGGAUCAAAUAUAAAUGUUCGCAUAGUGGAUGGUGCAGAUGGAAUGAAUGCUGGGGAGGAUGACUUAAAAUCUUCUACAGUGCACAAUGUGAGUGUAAAUGCCAUUUGCUGCGGGGAUGUAGUUGAUGUGAAUGCUUGCGGACGAGAUGCUGUUAAUAAAGAGGUCACAAACUGCGAGCCCCAAACUGGUUUGGAAUUUGAUUCGAAGGAGGCAGCAUAUUCCUUCUACAGAGAAUAUGCUAGAUCUGUUGGGUUUGGCAUCACAAUAAAAGCCAGCCGUCGUUCAAAAAGGUCUGGAAGAUUUAUUGAUGUAAAAAUUGCAUGUUCUAGAUUUGGAAGCAAGCGUGAGUCCACUACAGGUGUUCAUCCACGAUCAUGUCCAAAGACGGACUGUAAAGCUAGCAUGCAUAUGAAGAGAAGGCAAGAUGGAAUAUGGGUUAUAUAUAGUUUUAUAAAGGAGCAUAAUCAUGAGAUUUGUCCAGAUGACUUUUACGCUGCUAUCAGGGGAAAAAACAAGCAAUCUGGUGUUCUUCCUUGUCCAAAGAAAGGACUGCAGUUGGCUUUGGAUGAGAGAGACAUCCAAAUAAUGCUUGGGUAUUUUACGGACAUGCAAGACGAGAACCCCAACUUCUUAUAUGCAAUAGAUUUGGACCAUGAAAAGCGUUUAAGAAAUGUGCUUUGGGUUGAUGCGAAAGCCAGGCAUGAUCACGGCAACUUCUGUGACGUGGUCUUCUUUGAUAAUACUUACAUUGUUAAUGAAUACAGAAUCCCAUUGUUUCCCAUUGUUGGAGUGAAUCAUCACUUUCAGUUUAUGUUGCUUGGAUGCGCAUUGAUUGGUGAUGAGACGCCAUCAACUUUUGUAUGGAUAAUGCAGACAUGGCUUAGGGCAAUGGGUGGCCAAACUCCAAGAGUUAUUAUUACUGAUCAGGAUAAAUCCUUGAAAGAAGCUGUUGCACUGGUGUUUCCAGACGCACGCCACUGUUUUUGUUUAUGGCAUGUAAUGAAGAAGAUUCCCAAAAAGUUGGGCCAUGUUAUUAAUCAGUAUGAAAAUUUUAUGGGGAAACUUAACGAAUGCAUCUUUAAAUCUUGGACAGAAGAACAGUUUGAAAAAAGAUGGUGGGAAAUGGUUGAUGAAUUUGAACUUCGGGAGGAUGAAUGGGUUCAAUCAUUGUACGAAGAUCGUAAAAAAUGGGUUCCAACAUGCAUGAUGGGUACAUUUUUUGCAGGAAUGUCUGCAAUUGAAAGAGCCGGAAGUAUAGCCUCUUUCUUUGACAAGUAUCUGCAAAGGGAAAGUACAUUUAAGGAUUUCAUUGAGCAAUACAAAGCAUUUUUACAGGACCAGUAUGAAGAGGAGGCUAAAGCUGAUUAUGAAACAUGGCAAAAACAACCUACCUUAAAAUUUUCCUCACCAUUUCUGAAACAAGUGUCAACAACUUAUACACGUGCAAUAUUUGAGAAAUUUCAAAUUGAGGCUCUUGGAAUAGAUGAUUGUACUAUGCAAAAGGAAUGUGAAGAUGAGGCAAUUGUAACCUAUCGAGUUGAUGAUCCUGAGCAGCAUCAGAGUUUCAUUGUUGGUUGGAAUGAAAGAGGGUUGGAGGUUUUCUGUUCAUGCCGUUCAUUUGAAUACAGAGGUUUUCUUUGUAGACAUGCUUUGCUUGUUCUUCAAAUGUCGGGGGUUUCCAAUUUGCCAUCGCAGUAUAUAUUGAGGCGUUGGACAAAUUAUGCAAAGAUCAAGCAAAAUGAGAACAGUAUAUCAAGUUUGUUCCAUUACAGGGUACAACGUUUCAAUGAUCUCUGUAAACAGGCCAUUAAGUUGGGUGAAAAAGGGUCCUUGUCUGAAGAAACAUAUAAUAUUGCAUUUCAUGCAUUAGAAGAAGCCCUGAAACAUUGUGUGGGUGUUAACAGUUCCGUUAAGAGUGUUUUAGAACCCAACAUAUUACCCACUCAUGGUUUAUAUGGCAUUGAAGAAGAAAUUCACGGAAACAGUUUGCCCAAGGCCAAGAAAAGGAAAAUGUAUAGAAAGAGGAAGGAACCUCAUCCAGAAAUAAUGGCUACCAGGCUGCAAGAAAACUGCCAUCAAAUGGAGCUGUUGAACUCAAGAGUUCAGAGCCUUGAUGACUCUUACAUUCCUCAACAAGACUUGCAGGGGAUGGAACUAGGCUGUCGAGGGCAAACUAUUGAUGGCUAUUAUGGUGUUCAACAGACUCUGCAAGGAGUGGGACAGUUGAGCUCAAUAUCUCCUAUACCUGAUGGGUAUUAUGGCAGUCAACAGGUCAUGCAGGGGCUGGGGCAGUUGAGUUCAAUAUCUACUCGUGUUGGCCAUUAUGUUACCCCAAAUAGCAUGCAGGGACUGGGACAGCUUAGCUUCAGAACACCAGCCCUACCUGCAUGCUUUGACAUUCAGGACAAUUUGCAAGAUAUGGAAGAGUCCAUGGACUCUGCCCAGUUUCAUGGUAUUGCUCCAAAACAUCUGCAAGAUAAGAGUGUCUCUCAGUAGGGGGAGCACCAGUUAGCUCAUUUUUUCCCAUUAGAUAGAUAUAUAUGAGAUUGUGACAAACUAUUGUAUCAGCUGCUGUGAAUUUUGUAUAUAAUUGAAGAGUUGGUUUUCCUGGCUUCUUUUAGGGGACUGCAUCUUAUGUAAGCUCAUCUUUGUAUUAUGAUUCGAAAUUAGUUUUGUACUACUGGUUAAAAA